AUGACGCGCAAAUCAACCUCGUCCACCAUCUCAUCUCAGCACCUCUCCUCCACAUCCGUCACCAAAAUCCCCGGCCGCGACAACUUCCCGGAAGAGGCCGCCGCCAACCCGCACCACGUCGUCAAGAAGAGCGGCGCCAUCUCCGGCUUCAAGAAUCCCUACCCGUCAUGGUCCAACCCGCCCAAUUUCCUGUCCAUCCUCGGCAAGGUCGUCUGGCCGACCAUCACGGGCGAGAUCAAGAUGCCGGACACGACGCCGCCGACGGUGACUGUGGUGACGCCCGAGUGGCUGCCUGCGCGCGAUGCGUCGGACAAGAUCCGGGCGACGUGGCUGGGCCAUGCGUGUUACUAUGUCGAGUUCCCGUCGGGGCUGCGAGUGCUGUUUGAUCCCGUGUUUGAGGACCGGUGCUCGCCGUUUAGCUUCAUGGGGCCCAAGCGGUACACGCCAAAGCCGUGCGAUCUCAAGGACAUUCCCGUGGUCGAUGCCGUGGUCAUCAGCCACAGCCACUACGACCACCUGUCUCACGGCUCGGUGCUGGAGAUCCAGAAACACCACCCGGACGUGCAGUUCUUUGUCGGGCUGGGCCUGGAGUCGUGGUUCCGCUCCAGCGGCCUGAAAAACGUCACCGAGCUGGACUGGUGGGAGGACGCCGAGCUGACCGUCAAGGUGCCCGUCGGCGGCGAGAAGCAGUCCAUCUCGGCCCGCAUAUCGUGUCUGCCGUGCCAGCACACCUCGGCCAGGACGGCCUUUGACAAGGACACGACGCUGUGGUGCUCGUGGGGCGUCCGCUCCGGCGAAAAGUCCGUCUGGUUCGGCGGCGACACGGGCUACCGCGCCGUUCCCCAUCUCCCGGCCGACAUCGAUGACUAUGCCGCCGAGUACGAUUCGUUCCCGAGAUGUCCCCAGUUCAAGCAGAUUGGCGAGCACCGCGGGCCCUUUGACCUUGGCCUGAUCCCCAUUGGCGCCUAUGCCCCUCGCGCAGCCUUCUCGGCCAUGCACGCCAAUCCGUAUGACUCGGUCGAAAUCUUCCAGGACACGAAAUGCCAAAAGGCCAUGGGCAUCCACUGGGGAACGUGGGCCUUGACGAUGGAGGAAGUGCUCGAGCCGCCGCGGAAGCUGAAAGAGGCGCUGAAGCGCAAAGGCAUUCCCGAAGAAGGCGUGUUUGAUGUUUGCGACAUUGGCCAAAGCCGAGAGUUUUGA